GAAAAAAGAAAGAGGGAAAAUAAAAAGAAAAGGAAGUCCACAUUGCCAACUCCUCCAUGCCUUUGAGACUCAAUAUCCCUUCAUCUUGAAGCCCAAAAAGGCUCCAUUUUUUUUCACCUUCCUUCACCUCACAGAUGAAAAUACCCUGUUUUCUCAUCUUUCAUUCGUCACUCCUCACCUUGCUUUGUUCAUGCAAGAUCCAAAGAACUCUCACACAAGAAAGCCUUGGUAUCAAAGAGCAAUAGAGAGGGCUACCGUAUGGAAAACUGUUCCGAAGACUGCAGGAAUCCCUACUACGAAUGCUACAACCUUGUGGAAAACCAUUUCAAGACCAGCAGAAAUUCCAAUGGCGAAUGCAACAUUGUGGAAAGCGAUUCCCAAGCCUGCUGACAUCCCUUCAACUCAUCCCAAUAGAUCGGAGAAGCUACGUAAAUGUACUUCCCUGAGGGUUGCCACUACGUUUACUCGGGUUUGUCUAUGUGCACCAAUCUCUUCCUACAACGAGGUUUUUAGAGCGGAUGUUCCCCCUAGAAGAAGCAACAGUUACCCUAGGUCAAAGCCGUUUCCCCUAGCACAAGAAAAAGCAAUGCCUAGCAUGAGACUUAGCACGGAAGGAAGAAGAGUUUUCCGUGGAAAAUCGUUGACGGACGAUGUUUUGAUGAGGAGGUUUGUUGUGGAAGAAGAAUCAAUGAUGCAAGUUCGUCGGAGGAAUCAAAUGGAAGUUAUAAGGAGGAAAAAUUUGAUGAGAAGGAAGAUGCUUGGCCCUAGUCCUCUUAGUAGAAUGGUAAAAGCUGAUGAAGGUGAGAAUUUUUAACCUUUUUU